UGUACAGACUCCAUUCCAGUGAGCCAACGGAAUCGAAGCAAUCCCCCCUGUGUUUUUGUUUUCGUCCCUUUUCCCCCUUAUCAUCUUAUCAACUGCCUUAUCUUGAAUCACCAGUUGUCCUACUGCGCCGUGCGCAAUAAUCCAAUCAAUUCGACACCAAAUCCACCUCCCGUCUCGUGUCUUCGUCGAAUCCUUGUCAAACUUCAUCCUCGCUAACCCUCUUUUGGCCUUGUUCACUUCUGCGUCCCUGUCAUUGUUGGAAUCUUGUUCUACGACUCUUGUUUGCAACUUUAUACGUCCAACUUCCACUCGCUUACGCAUCCGAAUGAUGCUCGACACUCGCUUCACCUGCUAGACCUAUUCAACGACAUCUUUUCGGGGGCCGGCCUCUAGUUUAAUAUCGUUUCAUCUUCUCGACGCUCUCGCUAUCGUCAAAGUCGAAAUAUCAUCAACUUCGUUCAAUUAGGGAUCCACCCCGUAUCGCAACAUCACGAAACGUCGCAUAACGUUAGAAACAGCUCGUCCAACGCCGAUUGCGGUAUACUUAUCAAGAAGAACAUUCGCGACGAUCAAAUAAGCUACGCCAACUCAUAUCUAAUUUGCUCCGUCUUUAUCGUCGCUGUUGCACCUGUCAGAACUGAACAACCUCAAUCUUCUACCCUAAUGGGUAAAUCAUCACAAUAUGGCGUCAUUCUUGACGCUGGUUCCUCAGGAACUCGAGUAUACAUCUACAAGUGGAAGAAUCACGCCAAAGCUGCCAAAGAUGCGUCGGCUGCCGAGCUCAAGUCUCUCCCCAAGAUCAAGCUCAAGGAAAACAAGAAGAUCCAUCCUGGAGUUUCGAGUUUUGCAGAGAAGCCUGCGCAAAUCGGUCCCGAUCAUCUGCAGCAGCUGAUCGAUAUCGCUCUCGACGAAGUCCCCGACAGCAAGAUUUCCGAGACCCCCGUUUACCUCAUGGCAACUGCCGGCAUGCGAUUGCUACCAAAGCCUCAGCAGUCGGCACUCCUCAAAUCAAUGUGCACAUACUUGCAGUCGAAUACGAAUUUCAUUCUUCCGGAUUGCGAUGCCCAUAUUCAGGUUAUCUCUGGCGAAACCGAGGGUCUGUACGGCUGGAUAGCGGCGAAUUAUUUGCUGGGCGGCUUCGAUCACCCUGAGGAGCACGACCAUGGCAAGAAUCAUCACACCUACGGCUUCCUCGAUAUGGGUGGCGCAUCUGCUCAGAUUGCCUUUGCUCCAAAUGCAACUGAAUCCGCAAAGCAUGCGGAUGAUUUGAAGAUGGUGCGCAUGCGAACACUCGACGGAUCACCAUCCGAAUACAAAGUGUUCACUGCAACUUGGCUCGGAUUUGGUGCCAAUCAGGCCCGCAGCCGUUAUGUCGAACGUCUACAAGAACACUACAACACUGACUCUACCCAGGAGCUGCCUGACCCCUGUAUGCCUAAUGGCUUGCGAACUACUCUAGACGGUGAACUUGUUGAAUCAAAGUCGGAUAAGACGGUUUUGAUUGGUACAGGAAAGUUCGACGAAUGUUUGACGGUAACCUAUCCUCUACUGGGCAAAGACAAGCCAUGCGAAGACCAGCCCUGCCUUGUCAACGGCCAGCAUGUACCCGGCAUCGACUUCGACAUCAAUCACUUCGUUGGUGUUUCGGAAUACUGGCAUACAACUCAUGGUGUCUUUGGCGGAAAACACAAGGCUUACGAUCUGGCGACAUAUCAGAACAAUGUCAUGGAAUUCUGCAGUCGCGAUUGGUCGGACAUUGAGGGUGAUCUUGAUAAACGCAAGAAAUCACCAGAAAAGAAGGCAGCCGAGGCCCGUUUGGCUUGUUUCAAGGCCUCAUGGCUGAUUAAUAUGCUCUACGACGGAAUUGGCAUCCCUCGUGUUGGUCUCGAAGGUGGUGCAGCCAACGACACCAUUAAGGACGAUGGUGAGAAGUCAUUUAACGACCCUUUCCGGCCGGUGGACACAAUCGAUGGCAUCGAAUUAAGCUGGACUUUGGGUAAAAUGGUCCUAUACGCCGCCGGACAAGUUCCUCCAUCCGGUUCCGAGCUGCCUGUCGGCUUUGGAAGCAAUGUCGAUAAGGGGAUAGCGAAGGACUUUGAGCACGCCGGUUCUUCACCUAUCGCUCCCCACACAGGGGACGAGGACGAUGAUGAUGACCUGGAAGAUCUUCUGAAGAAGCCUGGAAAGUCAACCGGUGGACUCGUCGCAUUUGUUCUGAUAAUUCUGUUGGCCGCCUAUUUGCUCCGCAAGCCUGAGCGAAGAAGAAAGAUAUUCAGCAUGGUUAGCCGGCGAAAGCGAUCAGGGAAACCAGGCCGCGGCUCCUCUCUUGUCCACAAGCUCUUCGGACGAAACUCGGGGCCAUCUUAUGAGAGAGUAAUGGAGGAGGGUGACUUCUCUGAUUUUGAGUUGGGCGAUGUUGAUUCGGAUGAACACGAUCAUUCGGACAGCAGUAGUAAUGGCUCGCGAAAGGGACGAACAUCGGGUCUAGCAACACCUAGUAUCUCUGCAGGCCGCGCGGACGAACUCACUCGCCCUCCGUCAGCAAUGGAUCGUGCCGGGCUUGUAGUGCGGACUGAAAGUCGAGAACGGCUAUCGCCCUCACUAUUGAGUGCUGGCCGAAAAAGCCGCAACGGCAGCCCAACUCGUGCGAAGAGUCCAUUCAUGUCGCCUGUGCGGGAAGAUUGAGCGCUUCAAUAUGAUUCAUGGGGACGUAUUAAUGCGAAAUUUAUAUAUAUCUGGUAUUUUUUAGGGGUCAACAUCACGGCGUCGGGGAGUUUGUGGGAACUGGAGGAGCAUUAAAGACAUGGCGUUCAAAAGAACGCAUAUACCAUAAAACAGAGUCGUGGCAGUUGUUGAUCUGUUGGUUGAGUUUGGCGACGAAAUUGGAGUCUCUCUUGGAUAUCACACUACGUUAUUUGUUUGGAGCUUCUGGGAGUGUUUCACAACGAUGUUUCUCGGUAGGGGCGUCCGCUCAGUUGUGCGAAUUGGUAUUCAAUUAAUCGAUCUUGUCAGUCGCUCAAAGCAGGUACUUUUGUCUGUUGCUUUUUUGCUAUAAUCCCCCCCCCCCCUGAUGCCAUGCCAGACUCGCCUUUUCGCCAUUGAAGAUAUUCCCUGCCCGAAUGUUAUACACCUUGAGGCUUUGAUCAGGCAUUUCCAGAUACGCAUAAGCCAACACUAAUCUGACUGCUUCUCCAGGAAACUAGGAUCUGCCCGAACUCUUGAUUCAAACUUGCGCCACCAGUUUUCAAAGGCUUUGAGCGGCACAACCUCAACACCACCAGGUCCUGCUGUACCGCUAAAGCUUGAUAGAAAGUUGAAUGCGUUUUGGAUGAUGCGUUGUGCGAGUAUGGCCGUACUGGGCUGGCCGCCUGACGAGUUGCCAGACUUAGUGGCAGCGAGCUCUUGCAAGCGCUGGCCAACAGACUCUUCUGACUCCACUGAUACACCAAUUACUAAAUCGCUGGCCUCUCCUCCACCGCUGACCUUGAACAUCGCGCUCUCCUUUCCAGGGCCUAUACCUCCAAGGAAGCGGAAGUUGGGUGUGCUGCCUGACUGAGCUGCUGCUGCGACAUCGGCGGCUGUUGCUAGGUAGAUUGCUGCGGCAGUGUUCGGUGGGAGACUUAUGCCUGGUAGCAUAAAGACAACAAUAUGUGAGAAGUGUUUUGUGGUGGGGAGAGCGUAGAGUAGUGAGGUUGGAGAGGGGGUUGAAGAAGGUUCUGUGAUGAGUGGUUGGCCCGCAGGGACGAUGCCAAAGAGUGGGCUUGACAUGAUGAUACUAAAAUCGAGAUGAGUAAGAUAUAUUCAAUCGUAAGAUCAUAUGAUAAAGAAAUAUUUGAUUCUAACCAGGGAUGGGAGGGGAAGGCUGUGGUGAGUCCUUUGUUUAAUAAGGGUCCAGGCUAUUCUUUGUCGUGUUUCGCUGGUAGUCUAGUGUGAAACGAUUGGUGGGUGUUUCGAGGGUAAUCUAGAAACAAGUGGAAUUCUGGUAGCAAUCUGAUCAGCAGUGAC